AUGAUCUCGGUCCGUUUACUUUUACAAGUAUUAUUCGCGUUCAGUUGCGCUUGCGUAGCUCUGGCUUUCCCUACUCAAUUUGAAAACACCAAAGUCAUUCGUACCAUCGAUGUCACGACCGCCAUUGCUCGCGAAGAUGUAGGUAUCAGAGCAAAGAAUAUCGAUAGCGUGCCUGCUUCAGAAUACUACUUUUAUGUGCCCAUUGUCAUUUCCAAGAACGCUGCUUCUAUCUCUGCUUUCUUGAGAAAGCAAAAGACUGAACUCCAAGUUGUUUUAGAAGAUGAAGAUGCUGCAAAUCAAAUGUACGUUUACAAGGUCAUCUUAAAUGAACCUGUCCAACCCCAACAAGAUGUUCUUCUUGGUCUUAAAAUUGCAUAUACCCACACGAUUAAGCCUAUGCCAACCAAGUUACCUCAAGUUGCCCGUCAACAUACCAUUUUUGCCUUCAACUCUUACUUACUUUCUCCUUACCAAACCAUCGAAACAAAGACUACGCUCCAAACGCCUAGUAAGAAUAUCGUCAGUCAUUCCGGCGCUGCUGGAAAGAGUGCUGGAAAUGGAAACAAGGUUGUUUAUGGACCUUAUGAAAAUGUAGCACCUCUUUCUUUUGAUAUUGCUACCUGUCAUUUUGAAAACAGCAAGCCAUUGAUUACGAUCACCACCCUUGAGCGUGAUAUCGAAAUUUCUCAUUGGGGAAAUAACUUGGCUGUUGAAGAGCAUUAUGCUUUGCGUAAUGAUGGUGCCGGUCUCGACAAGGAUUUCAAUCGUGUACAAUAUCAAGCCACUGCUCAUAUUCACGACCAAACCAAUGUAUUAAAGAGUCUUACAUUUGACUUACCUGCUCUUGCUCGUGAUCCUUAUUUCCGUGAUGAAGUCGGUAAUGUAUCCACUUCUCACUUUAGAGUCGAAAAGGAAAAAUCUGUUUUAGAACUCACACCUCGUUAUCCCCUCUUUGGUGGUUGGAAUUACACUUGGUAUUAUGGUUACAAUACUGAUCUUGGUCAAUAUGUUCACAAGGCAAAAUCUGGUAAAUAUGUAUUAAACAUCAACUUUGUUGAGAAUGUCAAGGAUAUGACUGUCGAUAAGGCAAUCGUUCGCGUUGUUUUACCUGAAGGAGCCACUAACGCCAAAGUCAACACCCCUUUUGCCAUUGACCAAGAGUUAAUCACCAAACACUUUACAUAUUUCGAUUCUACCGGACGUUUAAUGGUUGUAUUAGAAAAGGACAAUGUUGUGAGAGAGCAUGAAUUACCUAUCCAAAUCGAAUACGAGUAUUCUAGCUUCCGUCUUUUGCAAAAGCCUAUUGUUGCUUCUGCUGCCAUCUUUUUAUUGUUCCUUGUCAGUAUUGGACUUAACAAGUUAUCUUUUACAAUCGGAAAAGAGGCCAAGUUAAGCAAGAAAAUGCAAUAA